AUGUCGUCUCAAAUAGGCUCAGAUAUUCCUCUUACAGAAGAAGCCGUCUCUCCAGUACUUGAUAAUGAAACGGAUGAUAUUGCGCAAAGAUUCAACGAAAGAUAUACUUUGAAGCAGGGCCUUCACCAGCGGCACAUUCAGAUGAUUGGUUUGGCCGGCACAGUCGGCUCAGGUCUAUUCCUCAACUCUGGCCAAGCACUCGCAAUGGGAGGACCCCUAGGUGCCUUCCUUGGGUAUACUAUUAUUGGGCUUGUUGUCUGCAGUGUUGUUCUCACUACUGGAGAGAUGGGCACUCUAGUGCCUCUUAGUGGAGGUCUUGUCCGAUAUGCAGAACUUUUCUUCGACCCUGCCAUGUCGUUCGCUAAUGGAUGGAAUCAAGUAUUCUCAUACUUGGUGACUAUCCCUGCUGAGAUCGUGGCAGCGUCGAUCUUAGUUGAAUUUUGGAUUGCUGUCAGCAGCGCAAUAUGGAUCACUGUUUUCGGCAUGCUGAUACUCGUCACUGCACUAUUGUUCAUCAGAAUCUACGGAGAGCUUGAGUUUGCAUUUGCAAUGCUGAAAAUCUUACUAAUCAUUGGGCUAAAUAUUAUGGCCCUUGUGAUUACGUGUGGUGGAGGACCAAGUGGCCAGUCGAUUGGAUUCAGAUACUGGAAAGACCCAGGGCCCUUCGUUCAGUAUCUUGGUAUCAAGGGUACAUUGGGUCGAUUUCUCGGUUUCUGGUCAACUCUGAACAAUGCAGUGUUUGCAUACGCAGGAGCUCAAAAUAUAACCGUUGCUGGAGCUGAGACGAGAUAUCCAAGGCACGCCAUCCCUAAGGCAACAAAGCGCAUCUUGGUCCGCGUCUUUGUCUUCUAUGUCCUGUCUAUAUUCAUGACUGGUUUGGUUAUUCCUUCUAAUGACCCAAACCUCCUUCAUGUAACCGGCACAGCCUCCCAAUCCCCGUUCGUUAUUGCCGCUCGUCGGGCAGGGAUACACGAUGCACCCUCGAUUAUUAAUGCCGCUAUACUCACUUCGGCCUGGUCAGCUGGAAAUUCAUUCAUCCUUUACGGCUCCCGAAUCCUCUUUGGCAUGGCAAUCCAGGGACAUGCUCCUGCGGUCUUCGCGUGGCUGAACCGAUUCAGUGUGCCUUAUGUGGCCAUCAGCUUCUUCGGGGUCUUUAUGUGCUUGGGGUAUAUGGUCGUCUCCAAGUCAGCAAACACAGUCUUUGGCUGGUUGCAGGCCCUUGUGGCGAUCUCGACUUUGGUGGACUGGGGAAUUAUCUGUGUCGUAUACCUCCGAUUCUACUACGGUUGCAAGAAGCAGGGGAUUGACCGCCACAGAGAGCUUCCGUGGGCUGCCCCUUUUCAACCUUACUUGACCUGGGCUUCGCUUGUGCUGAUCCUCGUUUUAAUUCUCACAGGGGGUUUCAGCACAUUUAUCCAUGGCCACUGGAAUACCAAAUCAUUCAUUUCGUCGUACAUCAACGUUCCAAUCUUUCUCGCUCUAUACUUUGGCUAUAAAGGCUGGAAGAAAACACGCAUCCUCGGUUUGGCGAACAUUCCGAUUGUCGGCUUGAUGCAAUUCUACCUCAGCCAAGACAACCUCGAGCCUGAAACGACACGGAAGAAGGGACUUGCGAGACUCAACAUCCUGUGGUCAUAG